UAUAAAACAAAAUAACUGUUUAAUUAAAAUAAACUUAAAUAUUAUUUGAAAAAAAAAACAAGGUUGUUAUCCAAAAUACACUUUGCUUUAAGAAAAAGAAAACAAAAAAAAAUUAAAGCAAUUUCAAAACCAACAUCUGUUAUUGUGAAUGUACAGCACCUGAAACCACCAGUAUUUAGGAAAAAUAAGUGUUUGUUGGCGUAUGUGUCUUGACCUAAAAAAUAUUUUAAAAUUUAAUUUAUCAAUUAAACAAAUCUACAAAACAAAUUUCAUUUAUUUAAUUGAUUUCCAUUUGAAACAAAAAAAAAUAUAUAACUAAAAACAAAACAUGGAUAAUUGGAAUGUUUUGGCAGCACAAACCUCUUCAUCGGCCAUUGGAAGAGAUGACAUUAAUAUACAAUCGAAAGAGAAACUAACAAUUGAAAAAUUACCGGAUAAAGUAAUUCUGCAAAUCUUUUCGUAUCUCUCACAUCGUGAAAUCUGUCGUUUGGCAAGAGUAUGUCGUCGUUGGCGUAAAAUUGCCUACGAUACUCAACUAUGGAAAAAUGUCUCCUUAAGACCAGAAAUUUCUGGUUUGCAUGUGGGUUCAUUGGAAUCUUUACUUUCGCUGAUUUCGGUGCGUUUCGGACCCACUCUACGUUAUAUAGAAUUGCCCAUCGAAUUGAUAACACAUACUGUACUGCAUGAAUUGUCAUCGAAAUGUCCCAACUUGACACAUAUGCUUUUGGAUUUCUCCACUGCCAUGCAACUUCAUGAUUUCAGUGAAAUGCAAGCUUUUCCCACCAAGUUGCGUUACAUGUGCAUUUGCUUGUCGGAGGUCAUCUUUAUGGAAGGUUUUAUGCGUAAAAUUUACAAUUUUAUCAAUGGUCUAGAGGUGCUGCACUUGAUUGGUACCUAUGAGAAGUGCGAAGAGGAGGAAGAGGAAAUUUAUGAAGUUAUCAAUGUUCAUAAGCUGAAGUCGGCUACUCCUAAUUUGCGUGUCAUCAAUUUGUAUGGCAUUAAUUUCAUUGAUGAUUCUCAUAUUGAUGCUUUCAGUUCCAAUUGUAUUCAACUGGAAUGUUUGGCGGUAAAUUUCUGCAAUAAAGUUACUGGUUCCACUUUGAAAACUUUGAUACAACGUUCUAAACGUUUGACCUGCUUGCUAAUGAAUGGCACCAGUUUGAAAUCGGAGUUUGUUAUGCAGGCUGAUUGGGAUAAAUGCGCUUUACAGGAACUGGAUAUCACUGCUACAGAUUUGUCCACUGAGUGUUUGGUGGACAUGUUGACACGUAUACCAAAUUUGAAAUUUUUAUCAGCUGGUCAAAUUAACGGUUUCAAUGAUACAGUUUUGAAGCAAUGGAUGGAAUCGGGCAUGACUAGAUCUUUAAUUUCUUUGGAUUUGGACUCUUCGGAUAAUAUCACAGAUGAUGCUUUACAAAAGUUUUUAACACGUCAUGGCCAGCAAUUGGCAGCUUGUUGUCUUUCCGGUAUGCCUCAUAUUACCGAUCAAUUGUGGAUGAGUGUUUUGCCGGUUUUAUCUAAUGCCAAGAUUAUUGUCAUGGGUACUGCUGAAAAGUUGGGUGUCAAUAUUCAUGUUGAUCAAUUGAUGGACACGAUUGCUUCGAGUUGUGGUAAUUUGGAGCGUUUGGAAUUGAGAUGGGAUCCUGAUAAUUUACGUUUUUCGGAUAAAAGUCAAAAGGCCAUUGAUUUAUUGCGUGUAAAAUGUUUGAAAUUGCGUUGCAUGGUCUUGAGUGACGGUCGUUAUUAUGAAACGGUUAAGGCCAAUUUUGAACGUGCUGAUCGUGUAACUGUAGUACGUACCACCACCUGUUGCCGUGUCUCACCAUAUCAUUUACUUAGUAAUUACAAUGAUUUGAUCUUUAAUUAAUCAUAUCGAAGAAAGAAUUUAACGAAAUGGCAAAAACUGUUUGCUAAAUGACAAUUAUAUAGAGAAAUUAAACGAAUUUAUUGUUAAUUUUUUUUGUUUGUUUUUAAUAAUAAUUCAUUAUUUUUUAAUA